UUUUCAUCUCCCUUAUAAUAUCUUUACUUUAAUUCAAAUUUUCUUUUUAUAAACUUUGUUACACCAACUAAUUUUGGUUAUUUAAUUAAGACCAUAAUUUGUUAAUUUAACUCAUCUCAAAAAACGAUACAGUUUUCACAAUCUGUAUUUUCUAUUUUCCCUCUAAAUUUUCUCGGAAUUAACCAACUCAUUUUCUAUAUCACUUUUCCUUUUAAAUUCUUACAGAUUUAGAGAAUUCUCUGAUUCUCAUAAAUUCAUGUUUCCUUAAAAUAAAAAGUGAAAGAAAAUCAGCAUAUCUAGAUUCAUCCAUGGCAGAAGAACAACCAUGCCAAGCACCUGAAGGCCACCGUCUCUGCACAAACAACUGUGGCUUCCUCGGUAAUCCAGCCACCAUGAAUCUCUGUUCAAAAUGUUACGGGGAUGCUUCCACCAAAUCCACCAUAGAAAACACUCUCUCAUCAUCUUCAUCCGUCACCGCAUCCCCCGCUUCACCGUCACAUUCCACAUCGGAGCCGAUCGUUCAAUUCAUCAAUCCAAUGGUUACGUCAAGUGUUGUAAUUACCAAUUCUGUUUCUUUUUUGGUUCAAUCGAACCGGUGCUUUACCUGUAGAAAGCGCGUGGGGCUGACCGGGUUUAAGUGUAGAUGUGGGUCCACGUUUUGUGGGUCCCACAGGUACCCGGAGAGACAUGGUUGUGGAUUUGAUUUUAAGAUGGUGGGGAGAAAGGAAAUAGCUCAAGCAAAUCCUUUGAUUAAAGCGGAAAAGUUGAGGAGGAUUUGAUUCAAUCUUAAUCGUUCGUUUAUGGUAUGAGAUGUGGGGGCCUUUGUUUGUAUUAGCUGAUCUUGACCGUCCACAUGGACGACCAUUUGAGAAAGAGAUCACAUGCAAUGUAUGUUUUUUUUCCUUCUAAUUAUUUUAAUAUUAAGAUAAAGACAUGUUUGUCUUUGUCCAGAAUUGUUGUAUAAGUUAUAUUUACGUGGCUUUGAGUUUGUAUGAGGAAAAAAAUGGAUUGAAAAUUUUAA